AUGGAAGAAAUCAAGGCAUCCUCCAACAAGCGAUCGGCUUGGGACUCGCGCGACCAGGGGCAAUACCUGCAUCCUGUUCACACUGACCAUAGCAAUGCUGGUAUUCAGAUCAUGUACCGGACAAUGUCAAUCAGGCUUGAACAAAACAACAACCAGGCCGCAGACAAUGAACUCAAUCCGCCAGACAUACGCGAGAUCAAGGUCCACUUGAACAAGCCCGAAGAUGUCUUUACUCGAUUCAGUACGCAUCCAGAAAUCGGUCUUGACAAGGCAGCCGUCGACCGCAAGAGCAGAGAGGGGAAGAAUAUCAUUUCUGAACCUCCAAAGAAACACUGGAAACUCAUUCUUCAGUAUGUCUUUGGGGGAUUCAAUUUCCUCAUGUGGGUCGCCUUGAUUGUGACUGUGCUUUCGUAUCAACCUUUGGGAAGUAUGGAUGGAUCCACGCCUGCAACUUUUAACCUUGGAGUCGCGGGACUUAUUUUCCUUGUGAUUGCCGUCUCUGCCACGUUCUAUGCGCUCGUCGACUGGCGCGCGGGGCAAAUCAUGAAAGCAAUCAACAAUGUCGUAGCCAACGAGGCAACAGUGAUUCGUGACGGAGUUGAAAAGACAAUCCCUGCUUCGGACGUUGUUGUCGGUGACAUUCUCACUCUGAGAUUAGGCCAGCGCGUCCCUGCAGAUGUCCGCCUUAUUCAAGUCUCGUCGGAUCUCGCCUUUGAUCGAAUGCUGCUGACAGGAGAGAGUGACCCCAUUCCCGGAACGGUUGAGCCUACCGAUACGAAUCCUCUUGAGACAAGAAACCUUGCGUUUGCAUCUACCUUUGUUGUUCAAGGCAGUGGCAGGGGAGUCGUGUAUGCCAUUGGUGACCGCUCGAUCAUGGGUCACAUUGUUCGGCUCUCCGGACACCAGAAAGCCCAACAGACUAGCCUUCAAAAGGAACUUGGUAUUUUCACGGCAAUCAUUUCGGGACUCGCCCUUGGAUUGUUCUCCUUGGCCAUGCUUGUAUGGGGUACUUGGAUCAGGAAUGCCUAUCCAGAUUACGCCACGCCUUCUGUCGCUAUCAUCAAUGCCAUUGGCUGCCUCACUGCAUUUGUCCCCCAAGGACUUCCCGUCUGCGUUGCACUGACCCUUACCAUUGUUGCAAAACGAAUGUCUCGACGCCAGAUUCUGGUCAAAAAUCUAGCGACUGUAGAAACUCUCGGCUGCAUGUCUGUCUUGUGCUCGGACAAGACCGGAACCCUCACACUCGGUCAAAUGAACGUUGAGCGGUGCGGUUUUCUUAACAAGACGUUGACCAGCCAACAAGCCGCGACGGAGGGUGAAAUGCCUGCAAUCAAGGAUAUGAACCUCAUCGCCCGACUGUGCAAUGGUGCUGUGUUUGAGGGAGAUCAGAAUGACGGGCCAAUAGAAAAUCGGAAGAUCAAAGGCGAUGCGACCGACUCGGCAAUCUUGCGCUUUGGCGAGUCUCUUCCUCACACGCCUAUGCUCCUUUCCGCCCACGAGAAACUCUACGAGAUUCCUUUCAAUUCGAAAAACAAGUGGAUGCUGACAGUUGUCCGCGAUAAUACAAAACCUUCGACCUGCCCCGUGUUGAUGGUCAAGGGUGCCCCCGAUAUUCUUUUCAAGAAAUGCUCUAGCAUUCUUCUUAAUGAUGGAAGCGCGGUUGCAUUCGAUUCCAAGGCACAAGAGACAAUGUCACUUUUACAAGAGCAAUGGUCUGGCCAGGGCCAACGUGUUCUCGCGUUAUGUAAAAAGAACCUUGGCGACGUGAAAAUUGAUUGGCAAGAUCGGAAAUCGGAUGAAGUCGUGUGUGCUCAAGUGAACGAUUUGACUCUGGUUGCACUACUUGGCAUUCGUGACCCUCCUCGACCCGAAGUGAAGAAGGCGAUUGAAACCAUCCACAAGGCUCACGUUCGCGUUUUCAUGGUCACUGGUGACUUUAAGAACACUGCCGUUGCCAUUGCAAAACAAGUCGGGAUUGUUGAGACCGAGCGCGUGGAUACUCUGCAAGAUCUACGAAGCAGAGCCGACAUUCGGGCAGCGUUUGCCAACAUCAAGAGCUCGUUGAUUAAACCUGAUGAAGAUCGCCAGCCGGCUUCUCUUGUCAUUACUGGAGAAGAGCUACACGGAAUGACGUCGGAAGAUUGGGAUGUUGCCAUCGGAGGCUAUCACUCGAUCGUGUUUGCGAGAACUACACCCGAGCAAAAGCUGUUGAUUGUGGAAGAGACAAAAAAGAGAGGGGAUAAUACGGUUGCUGUCACUGGUGACGGUGUGAAUGAUGCUCCUGCUCUCAAAGCAGCAGACAUUGGAGUUGCCAUGGGUGCUGGUUCAGACGUGGCAAAAGAAACGGCUGCAAUGAUUCUUCUCAACAAUGAUUUUACGGCGAUCCCAUAUGCCAUCGAAAACGGACGCUUGGUUUUUGAUAAUCUCAAGAAAGUUAUCAUGUACUUGAUGCCAAUAGGAACCUACGUUGAAUUUAUGGCUGUAAUGGCAAAUGUGUUUCUCGGAGUCCAGAUUCCUUUAUCCUCGUUUUUGCAAAUCUUCUUUUGUGUGACCAACGACAUUGUCAUGUCCACUGCGUUAAUGUUUGAGAAGCCAGAGUCAGAUCUUAUGGUGCGGAAACCACGUAAUGCCCGAAAAGAUCGGUUAACAGAUUAUCGUUUCUUCAUAAAUAUCUACUUGUUCAUUGGUCUGAUGGCAUGGCCUUGCGCAAUGGGCAUGUUCUUCUUGUACAUGUCUGAACAGCGGAUCUACUUUUAUGACAUGGUCUUCGCCUACUCGAAUUGGACAGAUGGGUAUCUUGGAUACACUAUGGAUGAGCUCACACAUUUCCUCAGCGUUGGGCAAUGCGUCUACUACGUUACUAUGGUUAUGUUUCAAUUUGGCGCCAUCCUCGCUGUUCGCAAUCGAAGCGUCUCGAUUCUUCAAUCCAACCCUUUCUACGGACCUCGCCGCAAUCUCAGACUCUUUGCUGGAAUGGCUUUAUCGAUCUGUAUCGCCCUCAUUGCGCUUUACGUUCCGUUCCUUCAAAACUUGUUUGGAACAACACCCAUUCCUACAAAGUUUUGGUUCAUUCCGUUGUCCUUUGCUGCUGGCGUUUUGAUUGUAGAUGAGAUUAGGAAAGCGCUGGUGCGAGCGUUCCCCAAGUCCCUUCUUGCCAAGAUUGCCUGGUGA